AUGGGGACCCUGUGCCAGCACGAUGGGGACCCUGUGCCAGCACGAUGGGGACCCUGUGCCAGCACGAUGGGGACCCUGUGCCAGCACGAUGGGGACCCUGUGCCAGCACGAUGGGGACCCUGUGCCAGCACGAUGGGGACCCUGUGCCAGCACGAUGGGGACCCUGUGCCAGCACGAUGGGGACCCUGUGCCAGCACGAUGGGGACCCUGUGCCAGCACGAUGGGGACCCUGUGCCAGCACGAUGGGGACCCUGUGCCAGCACGAUGGGGACCCUGUGCCAGCACGAUGGGGACCCUGUGCCAGCACGAUGGGGACCCUGUGCCAGCACGAUGGGGACCCUGUGCCAGCACGAUGGGGACCCUGUGCCAGCACGAUGGGGACCCUGUGCCAGCAUGAUGAAGACCCUGUACCAGCACGAUGGGGACCCUGUGCCAGCACGAUGGGCCCACAGUGGCAGUGGUCCUGUCAGGUUGCAGAGGAAGGCAGCUCGCGGUGAUCGGCGAGGCCGAGGCACCGCCCAGCCUCCCGGGGCUGCUCGCCGCUGUUGCCAUGGCUACCGCCACGCAGACGUGACGCACAUAGACGCCGAGUCCCUGCAGCACUCUCUUCGGUCCGCCAGGCCACGACGACAAUCCCACUGA